AGACCUCUUCCCUGUUCCUCAGAUCCCCCAGGCAGCCAUGGAUCUGAGUCUCUUGGGCCUGCCAGAUGCACUCCAAGGUCGCAGCAAGAUCCUGCAGGGAGCGCGGGGCAGGGGCCCGGUCUUGCGUCGGCAGCGGGAGUUCCUGCCAGAAGAGAAGAAGGACACGGUUUACUGGGAGAAGCGGCGGAAGAACAACGAAGCGGCCAAGAGAUCCCGGGAGAAGCGGCGUCUCAAUGACCAGGCCCUGGAGGGCAGGCUGGCCGCAGUGCUCCAGGAGAACGCUCUGCUCAGGGCUGAGCUGAAGGCUCUCAAGCGUCACCUUGGCCUCCUGUCUCCAGCUGGUAGCGCCCGGAGCCUGCCCUUGCAGGCCCUGCUGUGGGCGUCCCCUUGGACGGAACACCCCCUCACUGGGGCUGGACCACUCCCAUCUCUGCCUGGCUCCCAUGGCUGCGUCUUGAGGCCGUGCUGCCUGGAUGCUGGGGUUCCAGGAUGCCAGGCCUGCCAAGUGGCUCACAAGUGGACUGGCCUGGCCACUUCCUCCAGGUUCCCCCAGGACCCUGCCCCCGCUGACCCCAAGAGAAUGGAUGUGGCCUUGCAAGCUGCUGUCCCAGCCACCUUCUUCAGCUGUCACAUCCUGGGUGGGCAUGGGGGACCCCCACCUGAGCUCUGGCCCUGCUGGGGGCUAUGGUCUCCUGUGCAAACUGGUUGCCAGGCUUCGGGGUCCUCAGAGGUGUUACUGACAUCCACUGCUGGUCCCAUGGGGUUGCCAUCCGGAAUGGCUGGCUCCACCCCAGGGAGCCAUCCCGAGGGUCCUGCUCAGCCCUCCCUGCCCCAUAAACUUCGCAUCAAGUCCCAAGCCGCUGGCAGAGCACCUGGAGGCUGCAAGGGCGUCCAGGGACCCCUCUGAGGGCUUUCCCUGGGCAGGGCCAGGACUGCAAGGCCGGGGAGAGUGGGGGAGUGUUGGGCUUGAGCAUGGGUU